GCCAUGGCUAGAACUAAGCAAACUGCUCGUAAAUCUACCGGUGGCAAGGCUCCCAGGAAGCAGCUCGCCACCAAGGCUGCUCGUAAGAGCGCUCCUGCGACAGGUGGCGUGAAGAAGCCUCACCGAUACAGGCCCGGAACAGUAGCUCUGAGGGAAAUCCGCCGUUACCAGAAAUCCACUGAGCUGCUGAUUCGCAAACUGCCCUUCCAGCGCCUGGUGAGGGAAAUCGCCCAGGACUUCAAGACCGACCUGCGCUUCCAGAGCUCAGCCGUCAUGGCUCUGCAGGAGGCCAGCGAGUCAUAUCUGGUCUGUCUGUUUGAGGACACCAACCUGUGCGCCAUCCACGCCAAGAGGGUGACGAUUAUGCCCAAGGACAUCCAGCUGGCUCGCCGCAUCCGAGGAGAGCGUGCCUAA